UCUAUGUCUGCGUUUUGUUGCGCACGAGAUUUCGUCUCUAAAAGAUCAAAGGGGCUUCAGGAAGGGGUGGUCCUGAGUAGGGGGAUAUAUAGGGAGCCGGGGUCUGUCCGUCUUUAAGGCAAAAUCAGAGCAGAAACUAGACGGCACAGUAGAAAAAAACCUUCGCCCGAAGUCACAUAGAAACUCAAACAGCUGUUGAGUAUUCAAGAGAGGGCUGAAAGAAACACCAACGUCCCGAAGAGUUGGAAUUUAUCUACUGCUGAGCUUUUUUCGACCAAGAGAAUAUAAGACUCGAGCUUGAAGCAACAAGACAUGAAGUCUGAGCUGUAGACUAUUUUGAAUUGGUUUUGCACUGGAUUUGUUUCCGUUUUAGUUUUUUUUACACUUACACAAUUUCUGGAGGUGUUUUAGUUCUUGGACUGAUAUUUUUUAGUAAUAAGUGGAGUCUUUUACGGAUUUUACUUGCUUCCGCCAGACACUUCAAUAUAAUUUUAUCUUUCAGUUUGAAGGGUUUGACGCGGAAUAUGAUGUGGUUCGUUUGCGUCUCGUUCUGUUUGAUUACCGCUCUGUGCGUGAGCGCGGCGCACGGCACAUGGGAGGAAAGUACAGUUGUACCGGUCAGACUCGACCCGGUUCGGCCGGAGAGGGAAGCCGAGCAGGGCCGGACCCUUUCGGUAGAGGAGCGAGAGAAGGAGUCGGAGAUGCGGGUCUACCGGUUGGACGUAUUUGGCAAACGGGUGGUCUUGGAGCUAGAGCCGGACCAGACCUUCCUGGCACCUGGGUUUGUGUUCCAUGUGGUGGGGAGCCCGGAGUUGCAGGCGCAGCGGGAAUCUGACAGCAGCACAGCCGAGACUCAGUGCUUCUUCUCGGGCACGGUGAACGGGGAGGAGGACUCCGCAGCUGCGCUCAACCUGUGCCACGGACUACGGGGCGGCUUCUACCUCCAAGGUGAAGAGUACUUCAUCUAUCCCAAUAAUUCGACUGAUGCACAGCCUAUUGAUGGGGACCUCCACCUCAUUCGCCGGAGAGGUCAGGCAUCUUUUGCAGAGGAGAGCAGCUCAAAGUGUGGGGUCAACGAGGACGAGGACAGGUUGCCAGAGAAUCAGGAGACAAAAGUAGACCAUGGAACCACUAACUCAGACCACACAGCCCACCACCAGCGGUCCAAGCGCUUCGUGUCCACGCCCCGCUUCGUGGAGAUCAUGAUAGUGGCCGAUCAGUCCAUGGCCGAGUUCCACGGUGCCGGGCUCAAGCCCUACCUGCUCACCAUCAUGGCGGUGGCAUCGCGCCUCUACCGCCACCCCACCAUCCACAACUCCAUCAGCCUAGCCGUGGUCAAGCUCUUGGUUGUCUACGAGGAGGAGAGCGGCCCCCAGGUGUCGUCUAACGCUGCCCUGACCCUCCGCAACUUCUGCCAGUGGCAGCGGCAGCACAACCCGCCCAGCGACCGCCACCCAGAGCACUACGACACGGCCGUGCUCUUCACCCGAACGGACCUGUGCGGCGCCCACUCCUGUGACACGCUAGGCAUGGCGGAUGUGGGCACGGUGUGCGACCCGGAGAGGAGCUGCUCCAUCAUCGAGGACGACGGGUUGCAGGCGGCAUUCACCGUGGCACACGAACUCGGCCACGUGUUCAACAUGCCCCACGAUGAUUCCAAGCAGUGUGCCAGCGUCAACGGUGACCAUUGGGGCUCGCACAUGAUGGCAUCCACCCUGUCCAACCUGGACCAACUCCAGCCCUGGUCGCCUUGCUCCGCCCUCAUGGUCACCUCCUUCAUGGACAACGGACACGGCCAGUGCCUCUUGGACAAGCCCCAAAAGUCCCAGCCGCUGCCUGCCACGCUACCCGGAACCGUGUACGACGCUGACCGCCAAUGUCGCCUGACCUUCGGGGAGGAGUCACAGCACUGUCCCGACCUGAGUACCACAUGUGUGGCACUCUGGUGCACAGUGACCACAACCAACGGACUGCUGGUCUGUCAGACCAAGAACUUCCCGUGGGCUGAUGGGACGCUGUGUGGCCAUGACAGCUUCUGCCUGGCGGGACAUUGUCUGAGCAAGACGGAGGCCGCUCGUCACCAGACUCCAGUCAACGGUGCCUGGGGAGUAUGGGGACCAUGGGGAGACUGUUCCCGUACCUGCGACGGAGGGGUGCAGUACUCCUUCAGGGACUGUGAUAACCCUCUGCCCAAAAACGGGGGCAAGUACUGUGAGGGCAAGAGGAUCCAAUAUCGCUCCUGUAACACAGAAAUCUGCCCUGGUAGCAAUGGUGUGUCGUUCCGCGAGGAGCAGUGUCUGGCCCACAACGAUAUUUCAUCACAGGUCUCAUUCGGUUCGGGAGAGGGCGUGGAGUGGGUUCCCAAAUAUGCCGGCGUCUCGCCCAAAGACCGCUGCAAGCUGGUGUGCCGGGCCAAGGGCACAGGCUACUUCUUCAUUCUGAAACCCAAGGUGGCUGACGGUACUCCCUGCAGCCCGGACUCCACCUCAGUGUGUGUGCAGGGUCAGUGUGUGAAGGCGGGCUGUGACCGAAUCAUCGGGUCCAGCCGUCGCUUCGACAAGUGCGGCGUGUGUGGAGGCAACGGCUCAACCUGCAAGAAAGUGUCGGGUGCCCUGGAGCGUGCCAGGCCUGGUUACCAGAACGUCGUGACCAUCCCCGCUGGCGCCACUCACCUGGACGUGAAGCAACGUGCCCCCGGUGGUGGUCGCCAUGACAACAGCUACCUGGCAGUAUUGCGCCAGGACGGCACCUACCUCUUGAACGGCGACUACAAGCUGAUGACUCUCGAAACAGACAUCGCCCUCAAGGGGGCGUUGCUACGAUACAGCGGUAGCUCCGCCUCCCUGGAGCGUCUACGCAGCUUCUCGCCCCUCCCCGAGGCCCUGACCAUCCAGGUAUUGUCUGUAGGCGACUCGCCCCGUCCCCGUGUCAAAUACAGCUACUUUGCCCCGAGGCCCGCUUUGGCGCCACCUAGUGGUGGAACGGUGGCACGCCGCCAGUCCAUCAAUGCCAUCCGGGAGCUGGGGGACGCUGAGUGGACCCUGCGGGAGUGGGGCCCAUGCUCGCAGAGCUGUGGGGGCGGUACUCAACAGAGGGAGGUGCUGUGUCUGGAUCCCCAGGGGCGGCCAUCGCGGGAGUGCCCGGAGGAGCUGCGCCCGUUGGCUUCACGCCCUUGUGCCACACAACCCUGUCCUUCAUGGUUCCUGGGGGAGUGGUCGGCGUGCUCCAAGAGCUGUGGCCGUGGGUUCCGCAAGCGCCCGCUACGCUGCGUGGGACACAACGGGCGUACGCUCGCCGACGAGAGCUGCGACCCCAAAGACAGGCCUCGACCUCUGCUGGACUUGUGCAACCAGAGCACCUGCUAAGACUGUCGGGACUCACCUCAUUAUUACGUCCCUGAAGAACAGCUCAUGGAAGAAAGAAAGAAAGAAAGAAAGAAAGAAAGAAAGAAAGAAAGAAAGAAAGAAAGAAAGAAAGAAAGAAAGAAAGAAAGAAAGAAAGAAAGAAAGAAAGAAAGAAUGAAAAGGACUAAAACAACCAUAUCAUCAUGAACUUUGCGCCUGAUAAUACAUUGACCAAUCAUGAGAAUGUUUACAUCCCAAGCAGAGUGCUUUCGGGGGUGUUUUCGGGGGGUCCAAUGUGGCCGACUGAUUGACUGACACUGCAGAGCCAACAACCUCUCUCUCAACUCCCUCCAGCUACUUUGAGGGUAGACUUUAGUAUUGUUUGGGUCUGCUCCGUGCUACUGCCACCCCUAGAACACCACACAGACUUGGUGCAGCUGCCCACUGGGCUGGCAUGGGGGCACAAUGCAGGCACACUGGGACCUUCUCCCUCUCUCUACACCCAUGUCAGUGGAGCUGAGAUGGAGGAAGAGUUUAAGUGGACACUUCUCUUUCGAAAAAGCAUGCUGCUUUAGGUGCCAAUGACAUGCUUUUGUUUGUGUGUGCGGUGGUGUGUGUGUGUGUGUGUGUGUGUGUGUGUGUGUGUGUGUGUGUGUGUGUGUGUGUGUGUGUGUGUGUGUGUGUGUGUGUGUGUGUGUGUGUGUGUGUGUGUGUGUGUGCGUGUGUGUGUGCGUGCGUGUGUGCGUGUGUGGGCUGUCUGUCCUAGCUGGACUGGACAGACAUCUUGGGGGGACUAUAUAUGCCAGAUGUAUCACUGUACAGAAUUGGCUACCUUGGGGUGAGGAUGUAUGUAUAUGUAUUAGAAACAAAUGAAUGGUCUCACUGCCACACAUUCCACUCCCUGUAUCGGUUGGAGGCACUCCCUGUUUCAAAGGUUGCAGAACAAAAGACAAUCUGAAUUGUCCCUCCUAAUCCAUACAACUUUGUACGCAACCAAACUAACUCAAUACAGUUCAUUUCAAUCAACUUUGGGUCAUUCCUGAACAAGUUGGUAUGUGCUGCUAACAUUCCAGUAGAAUCUCCCAAUAGACUCGUUCCAAUAGACGUAUUAUUCAAAAUGCAUCCCGGACUGAACAAAACCAAUUUCAAAGCCAUAUCACUCGGCCCCGCCCCAGACCAAAGAGGUGUGUGAGCAAGCGAACACGCGUGUGUGUGGCUUCUCUCCUGCUACUACUUCAUAAGUAAGUCUCUCCUGCCUUCCGAGAAGGUUUCUUUUUUUUUGAUGAUGAUGACGUUUUGUACAGAAUAUCCAAACAUAAUUUAUUUUUGUUAAAUAUAAUCUUGUUGCUUUUUUAUUAUUAUUGUUGUAUUUUUUAUUUGUUAUUAUAUUGAAAUAACAGAAGGAUGUAGAGUAUAUAGAGUAUUUAUACAGUAUUAUAUAUAUGGUCCUAGGUUUAUGAAUAAAGUAUCACGUUGACCUAUACACUGUUGUCACGAG